AUGUUAGCGAAAAGUAUUUUUCCAGGAGUAGCUGUGAUCACGGGAGCAGGAGGAACUGGAAUUGGAGCAUCGAUAGCUCGUGCGUUCGCAACAGCAGGAUGUGACAGAAUCGCAAUCACAGAUUUGAAUGCAGAUACUCUAGAGAAGACCAAAGAUGCCAUUUCCAUGGCUCACCCGAAAGUUCAGCUUCUUGUCCAUGCUGGGAACGUGGCAGACGAUCACUUCGCCGAGCUGUUCAUUUCCAAAGUCGCAAAAGCAUUUGGUCGUGUUGACUAUGCUGUUAACUGUGCCGGUGUGCUUGGUAUACCCAUGCGAUCGACUGAAACCAGUCUUCAAGAAUUUGAUCGCGUCAAUAACAUCAAUUAUCGGGGAUGUUGGCUGUCUUCCCGCGCACAGCUUAAGCAAAUGCUUGCACAAGAUCCGCUUCCUAGCCACGAUCCAACUCGUCCUGCACAACGUGGUGCCGUGGUUAAUAUUGCGAGCCAAUUGGGGAUUGUCAGUCGUUCAAAUGCGCCGGCAUAUUGUGCGUCCAAAUCCGCAAUCAUUGGAUUGACGCGAGCCGAUGCGAUUGACUAUUCCAAGGAUGGAAUUCGAGUGAAUUGUGUUUGCCCUGGAGUUAUCGAAACCCCUUUGAUCAUGGAGAAAGCCGAAGUGAGGGAGGCAAUCACCCCCGGCGCACAGAUUGCUCCAAUGCGACGAAUGGGGAGACCAUCUGAAGUAGCGGAUGCGGCCCUUUUUCUUUGUUCAACACAGGCUUCAUUUGUCCAAGGACAUGCCAUGGUUGUCGAUGGAGGUUACAUUACGAUCUAA